AAGGUAAUUCCGCAUUCACCUCCGACCAAACACCUUCCUGCCUCCACUGACUCUUGCCAAAAACUUGUCCAAGUAAGUUGUUUUAAAGGAUUUAAAAGGUUUUGUUAGCAUAGGAGAAAUGACGGAGCAAAAGAACUUUUCAGAGAUUAUUACUCAGAUAUUACAAGAGGCGCCAGCUGCCAGGAAGAAUCUUCUUGAAAACCAAAGCAACCUCCUCCGAGUGGCAGAUUACUGCGAAAACAAUUAUCUUCAGGCAGAAGAUCCAACUAAGGCUGUUGAAGAAGCCAAGGGUUUGGCUGUUCAGGCGCUGGCCAGUGUGACCUACCAGAUCAACAGUAUGGCCAGCACCGUGCUGAGACUGCUGGACUCACAGGCCAUGCAGAUCAAAGAUAUGGAGUCCUCACUCAAUCUGCUGACACUGGCUGAAGCUAUCCACCAUGAGAAGGUAGCCAGGAGAGAGAUUGGCGUUUUUACUACUCCCAAAAACAGGAGCCGUACCAAGCGUUUGACCCCACCGACUUCAGGCAAGGAGCCAGAGAAAAGCUACUCGAGAGCGCCAAUAUCAUACUCCAUCUUGGACUCCAUCGGACAUUGUUUUCAGGUCCCUGGGCAGCAGCCCAGAAAAAGAUCAGGAACCACAGACAGCAUACAGAGCACUGCAGAAACCACUGUAUCCAAUUUUGGUAUCGCUGUGCCUCUGCCAUCAGUCCCCACCUUGCCAACAGUCUCCAACCUCACCAAUGACAGCUUGCCUUCUCCUCCAGCUGCGUUGGACCCCAGUAUGCCUGCUCCUCCUCCUCCUCCUUCUCCUCCGCCACCUCCUCCUUCCUCCAUGGACACUGGCCUCCCCCCUCCCCCAUCCUUGACCUCACUCACAUGUCCUCCCCCUCCUCCUCCACCUCCACCUGUAUCAGGACCUGGUCCUUUUUCUCCUCCUCCUCCUCCUCCUCCUCCACCCCCACCAGUAGCAGGAGCUGCCCCUUCCCCUCCACCUCCACCUCCACCACCCCCUCCCACUGGGAACUCGGGUAUUGUGCCACCACCGCCUCCACCACCUCCUCCACCUCCCCCUUUCCUACGUUAAAAAACAUUAUAGCUCAUGUAAAGUUUCUGUGUGGGGUUUCCUGUGUAAUUCCCAGCUAACAUUGUAAGCUGGCAUGCUACGUUUGCCAUUAGAUGGAUGUGUAAAAAUGAGGGCAGCAUGUGCAGUAUUUUGUUAAGUCCAGGCGUGUUGUGAAAUCAAUGUUAAGCACAAAUAAAAGCUUGAAAAAGUGUG